UCGUGCAUCCAAUAUACGCUCCUACCUAUACGCUCUUCGUCUCUUUCAUUCAUCCAGGCAUACGAUCAAAAGGCAAAGUGUAACAUGGCUUCGGUGAAGGAUGGACUGCUUAAGGCAAUCGCCGAGCCAGUAGCAACGGGUCGCAAUAAAAUCACGAUCGUCGGCGUCGGCCAGGUCGGAAUGGCGUGUGCCUUUAGCAUCUUGACAAACAACGUCUCGAGCGACGUGGUGUUGGUCGACGUGAUGGCCGACAAGCUGAAAGGUGAGAUGCUGGACCUGCAGCACGGCAGCGCCUUCCUGAAGAACGCGCGGAUAAACGCGAGCACCGACUACGCGGCCUCGGCGAACUCGAGCAUUUGCAUCGUGACUGCAGGCGCUCGGCAACGCGAGGGCGAGUCCCGUCUGGACCUCGUGCAGCGCAACACCGACAUAUUCAAGGGCAUCGUGCCCCAACUGGUCAAGUACAGCCCCAACACGAUACUCCUCGUCGUCUCGAAUCCCGUGGACAUACUGACCUACGUCGCCUGGAAGCUGUCCGGGCUGCCCAGGAAUCGCGUCAUCGGCAGCGGCACCAACCUCGACUCGGCCAGGUUCCGCUUCCUACUGUCCCAGAGGCUCAACGUCGCCCCCACCUCCUGCCACGGCUGGAUCAUCGGCGAGCACGGGGACACCAGUGUGCCGGUCUGGAGCGGGGUAAACGUGGGCGGGGUGCGAUUGUGCGAGUUGGACGAGAACGUGGGCACCGAGGCGGACCAGGAGGGCUGGAACGAGUUGCACAAGCAGGUGGUCCAGAGCGCGUACGAGGUCAUUCGGCUCAAGGGUUACACCUCGUGGGCCAUCGGGCUCAGCGUCUCGCAGCUGGCCUCCUCCAUACUGCGCAACUCCAUGCAAGUCCACGCUGUGUCGACCCUCGUUGCGGGCCAACAUGGUAUCGAGCGGGAGGUCUUUCUUUCGCUGCCGUGCACGCUCGGGGAGAACGGCAUCGCCCACGUCAUCAAGCAAAAGUUGACGGACAAGGAGCUCGAGUUGCUCGGCAAGUCCGCCAAUACCAUGGACGAGGUCCAGAAGGGUCUCAAGUUCUAAGCUGCCUCGUCGUCGUCUCUGUGUUUUCCACGCGUGGCUGAAUCCAUUGAUUUUUCGUGCGGUGCGUCGCGUGCGUUGCGUCAAUUUUUACUCUCGUCCGAUGUGUAAGAUAAUUGUUUUUUUUUUUUUUUUUUUUU